AAAAAUACUUUUUGUAAAAUUGACAACUUUCUUUUGUUGACAUUUGGGAGAAGCAUUGUAAAUAAAUUGCAUUGUUGUAACUGAACAAUUAAGCAGUUGUAUUUAUUAACAAUACUUCCAAUUAGCCGAACAUUUGUUCGAGUAAAGAUAAUAUGCAAUAAAAAAAUUAUAUAAUUGGAGUAAAAAAAACAAGGACAAGAUUAAAAGAGAAAACGGAGGAAGAUAUUGUUGAAUAAUAAUAAUCAUUAUUGCUUUUAGUAUUUAUUGAUAUUGUUAUGAAUAAUUUAAUUAUUCGAAAUUAUCGGGUUGUGUUGUUGCGAUGUUGUGGUUAUAUUUGUAAAGAUAAAGAUAAAUUAUGUAAAGUAUUUAAUGUUGGGGGACUUAAUCAAUUUACAAAAAGUAGAGUGGGAUUAGUAAGCAGUGUGAAUUAUUCGACAAAACUUGAAAAUAUGCGAGGUCAGGGUGAUGAAAAAAAUAUAAUUGGUUAUGAAGAACUUCUAGCCGAUCAGAAAAAUGAUAAAGUUCUGAUAAUUGAUGUUAGAGAGCAAAAAGAAAUUGAUGAAACUGGAAAAUUACCUCGAAGUAUUCAUAUACCCAUGGGAAAUGUAACACAAAUGUUAAAUCUAACGGAUGAAGAAUUUAAAAAUCAGUUUAACAAAUCAAAACCUCACAAGGAUACUAAAAUAGUAUUGAGUUGUAGGUCUGGAAUGAGAAGUGCUAAUGUGCAACAGGAAUUAUUGAAACUUGGAUAUGAAAAUGCGUACAAUUAUAUCGGAGGUUGGUCUGAAUGGGAAAGUAAACAAAAAUCAUAAUCUUUGUUACAUAAAAAUAAAUACUCAAGAUUAAUGAUACUCAUUGAAAUUGAUUAUUUAAGUUAAAAUUGGUAAACAAGUAUAUAAUACUUAAAUAAUUAAAUGAAUUAAUCUAAUAAUAAAAAAA